AUGAAUUCUAUGAUGAGUACUACACCGUUAAAAAUUCCGGUCACUGAAUGGGCUAUGUGGGCAAAUGAACAUGUUCUUCUAACUGGUUAUGUGCUAGGUUUAUUCAGCAUAUUAGAAAUAUCAUUUCAAUUUUCACUAUGGCCUAUCGGAAUCUAUUCUCUGAUAUUAUCUAUAGCAUUAAUUGUAUUUGAGUAUCCACGUAGUCGAAAAUUUGUGGGAAAAGCAAGACCACGAAGGUGGCAACAGUUUCCCACAGCUAUACUAAAACGUCUAGGUCCAUUUUCACGCAAUUAUUUUUUUCGUUUUGUUGCGUAUGUUUUGUUAAGUAUACCGUGUUUUCUUCUUAUUUCCACGUUCGUACCUGCGACCAGUUUGGUCUUUGGUGCGUUCAUUUACGGUGUUGCAGCUUUAUAUCAUGAAAGAUGGAAACCAGUAGAAAUUGUUGACGUUAAUGACCAACAAAACCUUAUACAAGGUGUACAAAGUCCUACGAGACCACCACCACGCGAACCGAUCUAUAAUCAAAUUUAA